AUGGACAAGCGUGAGGAGGGUAGCCCGCCUGCAAACGAACCGUCGACGUCGAGUGGGGUACGACGGGCCAAGAGCCCUCCUACCGUCACUACCGUGGUACCAGGUGAUGUGCCGGUGGCCGCCGCGUCGACGCGGAGCCACACGCGUGGCGGCCGCAAGCGAACGCGUUCCUCGUCCAGCGUUUCCACCAGGGCUAAGGAGCCCGCUGCCAAGAAACAGCGCCGCUUGAGAAGUGAACCUAUAUCGUCACGCAGCGGCGCGCGUGCGGUAGAUUGGCCGGCGGCCGCAUCGACGCGCAGCGGCGGGCGCGGCGGUCGCAAGCGAACGCGUUCCUCGUCCAGCGUUUCCACCAGGGCUAAGGAGCCCGCUGCCAAGAAACAGCGCCGCUUGAGAAGUGAACCUAUAUCGUCACGCAGCGGCGCGCGUGCGGUAGAUUGGCCGGCGGCCGCAUCGACGCGCAGCGGCGGGCGCGGCGGUCGCAAGCGAACGCGUUCCUCGUCCAGCCUUUCCACCAGGGCUAGCAAGCCCGCUGCCAAGAAACAGCGCCGCUUGAGAAGUGAACCUAUAUCGUCACGCAGCGGCGCGCGUGCGGUAGAUUGGCCGGCGGCCGCAUCGACGCGCAGCGGCGGGCGCGGCGGUCGCAAGCGAACGCGUUCCUCGUCCAGCCUUUCCACCAGGGCUAGCAAGCCCGCGGCUAAGAAACAGCGCCGCUUGAGAAGUGAACCUAUGUCGUCACGCAGCGGCGCGCGUGCGGUAGAUUUGCCGGCGGCCGCAUCGACGCGCAGCGGCGGGCGCGGCGGUCGCAAGCGAACGCGUUCCUCGUCCAGCCUUUCCACCAGGGCUACCAAGCCCGCGGCUAAGAAACAGCGCCGCUUGAGAAGUGAACCUAUGUCGUCACGCAGCGGCGCGCGUGCGGUAGAUUUGCCGGCGGCCGCAUCGACGCGCAGCGGCGGGCGCGGCGGUCGCAAGCGAACGCGUUCCUCGUCCAGCCUUUCCACCAGGGCUAAGGAGCCCGCGGCCAAGAAACAGCGCCGCUUACGCAGCGGCACGCGCACUGUAGAUUUGCCGGUGGCAGCAUCAGUGCGGAUCAGCAGGCGUGCCGGUCGUAAGCGAACACGCUCAAAUGUCAGCCUCUCCACCAGGGCCAGCGGUUACAAGCCCGCUGCCAAGAAACAACGCCGCGCGAGGAACGGGCCUACGAGCUUCGACACGGGCAACACGAAGGCGGGGCUACGAGUCACGGGACGAAACCGGAAGAGAGGAUGCCGCCGAUAA